GGGACGCCAAGCGAUUUCAAAAGCCCACACCAGCACAGCCUUGGACUGGCGUCUACAGUGCGACCACCACCCGGUACGCCUGUCCGCAGCCAUAUGUACCGGCCAAACCAUUUGGUCAUCAGAUUGUGGAGCGCAGUGAUGGCGGUGGCCCACUGUACAGCAGUGAGGAGUGUCUCUUCCUGAACGUUUUCAAGCCGGAAGAGGGCUCAGGGUCGCUGCGAGCAGUCAUGGUCUGGAUUCACGGAGGAACAAACUUGAAUGGAAACUCCUAUGCAUAUGACGCCAGGUACAUUGUAUCGCUUGGCGAUGUAGUUGUGGUGACAAUCAACUACCGCCUCGGAGCUCUGGGCUACCUCAUUGGCGCCACUGAAGAGUACCCCGGUAAUCUGGCGCUGUACGAUAUGACACUUGCUUUGAAAUGGGUGCAACAAAACGCCGCCCACUUUGGUGGUGACGCUCGCCUGGUGACGGUUUUUGGAGAAUCUUCAGGGUCGAUGGCCGUAGGAACGUUAAUUCUUUCUCCGCUCACAAAAGGACUUUUCAAACGGGCCAUCCUCCAGUCGGGGGCGCCGAACCAGUUCACUGGAAGCCAAAGUGCAAAGGCCAUUGGCGAGAAAGGGCUCGUCCUGGCGGCCAAGAUCGGCUGUCCAGUAAAGCUGUUUACUGCCGCCAUGAUAAUGGCCUGUCUGGAAAAAGCGAAUGUCGUUCUUUUGCAGGGUGAAGUCAACAAAAUGGCCGCCACCAGUCUAUUUGUGCCCAGCUUUGGAACGGAGUUUCUUCCGGACAAUCCGGCGAAGCUGCUUAAAGCGGGCCGUUUCAACACCGAAGUUGACCUGCUCUACGGCAACAAUCGUGACGAGGGAAAUGGCGUCUACGCCUCUAACCCGGCUUUCAACCCCUACAGACCGGUGACAAUCACAUUUCCAAUGAUUAGGGUGGCCAUUUGGAAGGUUCUGAAGGCGGCUGGCCCUAUACUAGCGCGACAGACUAAUCAGACCUUUCAGUGGUACACACGAGGACUCACGGAGGAUGAGGAUGAGGACAAGUUGAGAAAAAUACCCGCAAGAGUCUCCGCCGAUCAGGUCUGA